AUGGCAUACCAAACCAAAGAGAACUCCAUCCAUCUGGAGGAGGCCACGGGCAACACGGACCUAAAGGCCACCAUCACCGUCGACAGCCGCCACAAUGACGAGGCCAUGACGGUUCUGGCCAGCUACAGCGGUCCGCAAACAUGGACCGACAAAGAAGAGCAACAGGUCAGGAGGAAGAUCGACCGUCGCCUCCUCCCUAUCCUCGUCAUCUGCUACGGUCUACAAUACUACGACAAGGCCAUGAUCUCGCAGGCCGCGCUGUUUGGCCUUCGCACCGACCUCGAACUCACCGUCGCCAACCGCUUCUCCUUUGCCUCGUCCAUCUUCUACUUGGGCUUCAUCGCCGGCGCCUACCCGGCUAUUGUCAUGGCUCAGCGCUUCCCCAUCGAGAAAGUAGCCGCGAGCAUCAUCUUGGCUUGGGGCAUCUGUCUUAUCUGCACGCCGGCAUGUCACAAUUGGCAGGGCCUCUUCGCGCAGAGGUUCUUCCUCGGCUUUAUCGAGGCAGGAGUCAGUCCGAUGUUCAUGCUGGUUGUGGGCCAGUUCUACAAGAAGAAUGAGCAGGCUCUGCGCAUGGGUGUAUGGUACUGUGCGUGUGGCUACGUAUCCAUUUUCUCGCCUUUGAUCAACUACGGAUUCGGGCACGUCAAAGGAUCUCUGUCCCCCUGGCGCUACAUGUACCUCUUUGCCGGCUCCAUCACCAUCCUGUGGUCCGUGAUCGUCUACUUCUACCUGCCCCCUGAUCCCAUCCGUGCCAAAGGAUUCACCGAGCGCGAGCAUUUCAUCGCGGUGAGUCGACUGCAGUCGAAUAAUUCGGGCGUCCGCAACACGCACUUUAAAAAAGAACAAAUGAUCGAAUUGAUGUUCGACCUCAAAUUUUGGGUCAUGUUCAUGAUGACCCUGUUGGCCAUGUUUGCCAAUGCACCCGUGUCGACGUUCACGCCUCUGAUCAUCUCCGGAUUCGGGUUCAACACGCUAAACUCUCUGCUGUUGGUUGUUCCUGUUGGAUUUUUCACUGGUACCGCCGAAUUAAUCAUCCCCUACCUCGCCUACAGGUAUCCCAACAUCCGGACAUAUCUCGUCGCGAUAUCUGAACUGAUCACCAUCCUCGCCGCCGCCCUGCUCUGGGCUCUUCCUAGAAGCGCCAUUGGGGGGUUGAUGUUCGGCGUGGUCAUCCUGCCCUGCUUUGCCGCCGGAUACGUGAUUCAAUUAGGUCUCCAAAUCGCCAAUACCGCGGGGUAUACAAAGCGCUCGUUGGCCUCGUCGGGCAUUUUCGUUGCCUAUUGCAUUGGUAAGAGUCUCUUAGAAGCACAAAACGAUUGCGAGACGCACGGUACUCGCUGGUUGGCCCGGAAUGGAAUGCUGACGGUGGUUUCCAUGGCAGGUAACUUUGUUGCGCCUCUCACGUUCAGGACGCAGGACGCGCCCGUAUACGCCCCCGGACUAGCCACCGUGGUCGCCACCUCGAUCGGCGUGGUGUUCUUGUCCAUGUUCUACCGAUUCCUCUGCGUUAGGGACAAUAAGAGGCGGGACGCCACGGGCACACUCGAGGCGUUUGACCAUGCUUACGAGGACGACUUGACUGAUAAAAAAGUGUAUGAGAUGGGCUGGGAAUGCUGGAUGAUCUACCCUUCCUCUGCUAGGAGUGCACUCCUAGCGGAGGGAGAGGAGGGCAAGGACAUUGUAUUGCAUUCUACACUGUUCGUGAUGGCCAUUGGCUGGUAG